ACCCGAACCGGCAACGAGGAGCCGCUAUCGCGCCCCAGCCCGGCCUUCUUCGACUUCGGCGCUUCGGUCUUGGGGUUCCGGGUUCCUCAGCACACCCAGCUCCAGCCGCCCCCAGAGCCUGCUUCCAGUCCUUCGGAAGUCCCGGCACCAGCCCGGGCCCUUGGCGGGGAGGAUGACGGAGCUGCAGUCGGCACUGCUACUGCGAAGACAGCUGGCAGAGCUCAACAAAAAUCCAGUGGAAGGCUUUUCAGCAGGUUUGAUAGAUGACAAUGAUCUCUACCGAUGGGAAGUCCUUAUUAUUGGUCCUCCAGAUACUCUUUAUGAAGGUGGUGUUUUUAAGGCUCAUCUUACUUUCCCAAAAGAUUAUCCCCUCCGGCCUCCUAAAAUGAAAUUCAUUACAGAAAUCUGGCAUCCGAAUGUUGAUAAAAAUGGUGAUGUGUGCAUUUCUAUUCUUCAUGAGCCUGGGGAAGAUAAAUAUGGUUAUGAAAAGCCAGAGGAACGUUGGCUCCCUAUCCACACCGUGGAAACCAUCAUGAUUAGCGUUAUUUCUAUGCUGGCAGACCCUAAUGGAGACUCACCUGCUAACGUUGAUGCUGCGAAGGAAUGGAGGGAAGACAGAAAUGGAGACUUUAAAAGGAAAGUUGCCCGUUGUGUAAGAAAAAGUCAAGAGACUGCUUUUGAGUGACAUUUAUUCAGCAGCUAGUAACUUCACUUAUUUCAGGGUCUCCAAUUGAGAAACAUGGCACUGUUUUUCCUGCACUCUACCCACCUAUUGCUGGACUUCUGAUGUAACUAGUUGGCAAACACUGGCUGGAACUGGGCUGCAAUAAAACAUGCCAGUUAUCAAUGCUGACAAGAGCCUAACAAGUGCCAACUUACAGAUGAUUACGCAUUUUGAAUUCUAAUGAACUGUUUUAACCUUCAGGAAGAAUUGUAAAGACCUGUACAUAGCACAACAUGAUCCGGAUAAUAUAUAUACUGUUCAUGUACAUCCACAAAUACACCUUGUACCAAAUAAUGCUUUCUUGUAGUAGAAUAAGAAUCGUGUAAAUUCUAAAAGAUUUUAGCAGGUUUUCUUUCCCUAUUCAUUGUUUCUUAUCAGUUUUUCAAGACUCCUUAAAGCAUGUCAGAUGAAAAGCAAUUAGGAUUAAAAGUUUCCAUUUAAUUUCCUUUUAAACCAUUGAGGCUUCAUUAAACUCUUUUCACUUACUUAA